AUGUAUUGCCUUCGACAUACAAAGGGUUCAAAAGACCUCAAAUGUCGUUUUAACUAUCCAAUUGAUUGCUCUGAUAAAACAGAACUGACAGUUGAACAAAUGUAUACGAAAGACAGCAGUGUGCAUUUCAAAGCAAAAUUUAUUACAAAAAGGAAUGAUGAAAGGCUAAAUAACCAUCAACGAAUUCAGUUGCAAGGUUGGAGAGCGAAUUGUGACAUACAAGUCAUACUUGAUCACCAUGCCUGUGUCGAGUAUCUUUCAAAAUAUGCGGCCAAAGGUGAAUCGAGAUCAUUCUCACUUGAUGAUGCCUUUAACAAAGUUAUUAAUAGUGUAAAUUCUGAUGUUGAUUCAGCUAAAGCUGUCAAAAAGAUUAUGAUUAAGACUCUUGGAGAGCGUGAUAUAGGUGCUCAGGAAACGAUGCAUUUACUCCUAUCAUUAAAACUAUAUAUGUCAAGUUUUAAUGUUAUACCUGUAAAUUUAAAUCCAUCAAGAAGAGUGGAUACAAAAGUAAGCGAGUCUCAAUAUUGUACGAAAGAAUCCCUUUUGGAUGUGUAUGCAAAGCGUGCUGUCUAUCAAAAUUGACUUUGUACAACAGUUUAAAGUUGUUAAUCAAAAGCUUGAGAAUCAUGUACGUAACAUUGUUCCAAGAUUUUUCCCAAUUUACUCUUCUAAUCCUAGAGGUAAGAAUUACAGUUUGCAUUGCAGGUAUCAGUUGUUAAAAUACAAGCCCUGGAAGAACUCCUUUAAUGAUGCAUGGGGUAGUGAAAACCCUUCUGAUGACAUUUACAUUUCAGCUUGGCAUGAAUUUUUAAAUACAGCUUUUGCAAAGAAACAUGUUCCUAACUGGGCAGAAAAGCUAGAAAAGGGUCUAGAAUCUGUUGUUAAAAUCUCUGAUGAACUAAUAUUGGAUGAUAAUAUCUCGUUUUCACAAUGACAGUGCUGCCAACAAUGGGGAAACUGUUGAUCUAGAUCAGUAUAAUUGGUGUUUAGAUCGGGCUAAGUAUAGCGAACAACAAAUAGCGGAAAUGCCAAAAUGGAUUGAUACAAAAAAGAAUGAAAAUUCUGUCCAUUUACGUCAUUAUAUUCCAAUUGACACAACUUCAUUUAGUCAGGAGCAGAGGCUUGCACACAAUAUAACUGUUCAUCAUUCAACUUUGAAAUCGAAAGAAGCACUUCUUUUGAUUGUCACCGGACUUGCUGGAACUGGAAAGAGUUACCUCAUUAAUGCUGUACGAAACUACCUUGGAGAAAAAUGUGCUGUAACUGCAACUACAGGAAAAGCAUCUUAUGCUAUAUAUGGUGUAACAAUUCACUUGCUCUUAAGACUUCCUAUUGCAUGCAGUAGUCACAAAGAUUUGUCUGGGCAAUGCCUGCUUUACCUGCAAAAUAAUUUAGCAGAUAUUGAUUACAUAAUAAUUGAUGAAUACUCCAUGCUUGGCCAGAUCACAUUGGGAUGGAUUGACAGAAGAUGUCUGCAAAUAACAGGUUUAAAAGAAGAGAUCUUUGGUGGAAAAUCAAUCAUUUUGAUAGGUGACCCUGGUCAGUUACCACCAGUAGGUGACAAACCUUUAUAUCACUCUAAGCCAUCAGGUGACAUAGGACAACAGGGUUAUCUUGCCUAUCUUUUAUUUACCAAUGUAGUUGCUUUGAGAGUUAAUCAACGAGUAAAUGGUGAAAAUUCAGAACAAACUUCAUUUUGUGAUCUCUUGGGCAGGUUGCGGAUUGGUGAGUCAAAUAUUUCAGAUUGGAAAUGGUUACUUGAUAGACAACCGAGCUCUGUUACAAACAUUGAUGAGUUUGAAGAUGCUGUUAGGUUAUAUUAUAGUAAUAAGCAAGGUGCAGAAUACAAUUAUAAUAAACUUAAGCAACUGAACCAGCCUAUAGCCAUAAUAAAUGCUUGUCACUCUGGUAACCAGGCCAAACACAUAAGUCUGCAACAACUUUUCGGUUUACAACCAUGUCUAUAUAUUUCUAAAGGUGCUAAGGUCAUGUUGACAUUGAAUUUGUGGCCUUCUCUGGGCCUCUGUAAUGGAUCAACUGGUACUGUUGUAGACAUAAUUUAUGCUGUUAAUCACCAACCACCUGACUUACCCAUUGCUGUAAUUGUUCACUUUGAUAACUACAUUGGACCAGCCUUUGGAAACAUAGCGUCUUGUGUUCCUAUUGUUCCAUUUACCGCAAGUAAUAUUAGCAAUGGCACGAUAAAUGAAAGACAGCAAAUACCUUUAACUCUUGCAUGGGCUCUUACCAUACACAAAAGUCAGGGGAUGACGUUAAAAAAAGCUUGGGUUGAUAUUGGUCAGAAAGAGUCUGCACUUGGAAUCUCAUAUGUGGCUAUAAGUAGGGUUCCUAAUAUCUCUUCCUUAGUUAUUGAACCCACCAGCUUUAAUCGGCUUAGUGCUAUAAAGGAAUCGCAAACCCUAAAAUUUAGGAUUAUGGAAGAAAAGCGCCUAAAUGAAAUUGCUGAAAAAAACGAUAAAUGUAUAUAAUAAAUUGUGAUUAUAACUGUGUCCCUUGAUCAAUAAAUAGUGUUAGAUUUCUUUCUCUUACCUUGUCUACAAAUAUUUGCUAUUUUGUGAAAGUGGUGCCCACUGUUUUAUCCUUGUCUGUAUGACUAACAUGACUAACCUAACAUGUAAUUGUUUUUUUUUCUAUUUAGCCAAGUGAUGGAAAGUUUUAAAAAUAAAGGUGAGCAUCUAGGUGAUGUUUGUAAAAUGACAGAAAUAAGUGACUUCAUAAUACAAUAGCCUAAGGUAUGUACAAUUAUUGACAGGGGGGGUGUUAUGUGAAAAUACCUAAACAGAUUCUUUAUCUUUUUUAGAUAAUCAUCAUGAAAGUGCAUGUAAGAACCCCAUGCCUAAUGUUAAUCUUCAUGAAGGUAAGACCAAUAUUUUUGGACGAAACUUGUAGGACCAUGGAAUAGUUAAGAGUGAAUAAUCGUACCACCUAAAGUACUUAUAAAUUCAUCAAAAUAUUUAUUUUUGCCAAUCUUGAUCUUUUCUUAGGUGAUAAAAAUCAUGAAACAAAGGAAUGUAAGCAGAAGCUUGGUGUUCAUCUUGAUGAAGGUGAGAGCAAUAUUUUGGACUUUGCUUGCAGAUUCACUGCUAUACCAUAGUAAAUUCAUCAAAAUAUUCAAGUCAAUUGCCCAACUUGGCAAUUGUGUUUUGAAAAGUGACCUGUGAGCUAGAUUGAUGCUUAAUAUUUUAUUUAGUACUAAUAGUGCAAAAGUCCAAACUGAUAUUUUACUUUACACAUGCAGUAGGAAGGGCACUGUAGUGUAUCACACCAAGAUACAAAAUAAAAAGGAAAACAACAGUCUGCUUUGGUGUUAAAAGUGAAAGUAAACAUCAUUACAUGUGUGUUCCUUAUUAAAUUAUUACUGCGUUAGAUAUUGAUUAGAUAUUAUGGGUGGAUACUACAGACACAAGUAAUUUUUUUCUGUGCCUGUAUCUUUAAUGAGCAACAUUGCUAUCCCUAUAGUGCAACAGAGAUGCAUCCAGCGUGACCUGAUACCAAAGGGGGGUGUCCUCUGGCGUAGGUGUACAAGCCUAAAAAUUGUUGGCAGGGCAGAUGACAGUCUGCCAGACGAGGGCCAGAAGCCUCAGCUGGUCAUUUUUGCCCCAAAUGAGCCCCCCCCCCUUUAUACGCCUAUGAGCUCUGGUGCUGAGAUGCGUUGGUCAUGUGUGCCGCCCGCCCAUCAACAUACAUCAACUAUGAUUUUUUUGUGUUAUGUGGUCACUCAGGUGAAUAUGAUGUUUGUGAUGCUACUUUGAGUGUAUAUCCUCACCAGGCAAGCUUGAGUGUCCACUGCACCAGGCAGGCUUGAAGAAUAUGCCUGGCCAUGGUGGCCAGAAAAAAUCAUGAUUACUAGAUUACACUGAUAUCGAAGGAACUAGACUCUGUUCUGAAAUAUCAUAUAAUCAAACUGACCUGACUGCAUAGCUCAGUUGGAAGAGCAUUGGGCUAGUAUUCCAAAAUCCUAGGCUCGAUUCCCACCGUGGCCAGGCAUAUUUUUCAAGCUUGCCCGCAGUGUGGAUACACACUCAGGGGCCGGUUGUUCAAAAGACAAUUAAUCCUAGGUUAAUCUAAAAUUGAAAGCAAACUUCCCAACAGCUCGGUUAUAAACCUGGAAAUAUUUCUUCAGAAAUCCUGUCUGGACCAAUAAGAGUUUUCUUCUAUGAAGUGUCGAAACAAAUAGAUGUGUAGAAAUAUAUAAACUAAAACAGCAGGUUAAAAUUUAACCCAGGAUUAGCGCUAAUUGUGCUUUGAACAACCGGCCUCUGAGUAACAUUACAAACAUCAUACAUCAACUACUUGCUCGACUACUGUAUUUCAAUUGUAAUUACUGUUCACAGUUAGCUUAUAAUCAUCAUGUUAUUACUCAAAUUACUGUAUAUAAUUUUAUAAUAAAAAAUAGCAACCCCUCUGGACCCCAGUAAAUCCAUGCCUGGAUAGUUUGUCCAAAAAAAAAUAAAUUCUUAUUUAUCUUAGUCCACCCAAGUUACACUCAGAUUGUAUUUUUCUGUAAUACCUUAAUUGCAUUUUAUUUUAUUUCAGAUAGUCCAGUUGUGGCGUAAUUUACACAACCUCAGUCUGUUAAAAAGUAGCCAAUGUAAUAACCUGUAUUUUGAUAUGACCCUGCAAACCAGUCAAGGAUCCAGGGAUGGAAAUAAGGGAAACGAAUUUGACCGGUAAUUUUUACAAAUUUGACAAGGCAAAAUAUUUGACCGGUGUUUUUUUAAAAGCAUAAAAUCAUGGCAUCAUCAGUUGUGAUGGGGGGGAGGGAGCUACAUUAGAAAAUGCCUACUGCCUCCUGUAAAAAAUUCGAACGAUCGCACAAACAGCUCACGCUCAUCUUCAGACAUUCGCGCAAAGGAAUGCUUCAACGGAUUGUUCUCUGGUAUUCUAUUGACAACUUGCUUGCGAUAGUUUUCCCCCUUAUUGAUCGCUGCUCAUAAUCAAUCGCAGUGACAUGUGGUACACUGGUAUUAUGUUCUUUAACUGCACUUUUCUGUCAGUUAACACUCCCUUCUUUCACAAAUGUAUCAAAAUAGUUUCUUGUUGAAACAAUACUUUCUCGCCAUUUUGAACACGUUUUACAGAACGUGCGAUUGUCUUUAAUUUCAAGCCAUUUAAACUCACUAUUCCACCUUUGAAAAGUUCCUGGUUUUGGAAGUUUGUUCGCCAUUAUGUUGCGAAAAAAUUGCUAAUUCCCGCCAGUGAUUCCCGCCCUUUUCAGGACGCAAGCGCCUGCGCGCUCAAUAUCCAGCGGAAGAUACGUUUUAGUGCACCAUAUAUGAAGUAGUUCUGGGGCCGGUUGUAUCAAAGGCGUUUAAUUUGAUGAUGAUGAUUUUUGAUCCAUCUUUAGUUUAAAAAUGCAAUGGAUUUACAAAUAUGUCUAUUAAAAGAGAAGAGCAUAACUAAGCAUGCAAUAAUAUUUACAAACUAUCUAAAAUUUAUAUAUACAAUGCAUAAUUUAAACGGUGUUUAGCCGCUAUCCAGCGUAUAAAUUUCUUAUCCAGCGGAUUGUUAAACGGCCGAUAAAAUUGCGUUGUACGAAGCCUGUUUAGUACCGCGUUUAACUAUCCGUAGGAUAACCUUUAAUUUAACCGGAGAAAACCGGAUUUUCUUGAAAUUUCCUACCUCUGCGUCAGCUGUUGCUAGGCCUUUGUAAACUUUUGAAGCUUUAUCUAACUUGUGAAUUCCACUAAGCUUUUGCAAUAAAGUUUGUUGUUGUUUUUAUUUGGAGUUUGCUCAUCCAUUCAUUGCUGCAAAUCUAUAUCAAACUUUUCAUUUUCACAUUGUGCUGAGUUUCUCAUUCACUUAAAUUCACUUACAGAUAUUUCUUUAAAGAUUUUUGGCUUCUUUAUGCGAAGAGUCAAAGGCAAUAGCAAAAACUGUGAGUUGUAUUUGGCUUUUGUCAGUUGAUUCAGUUUUAUAUUGUUUGAAAUUUGUUCCUCGACCUUGCACUUUUGUUCAAAACAAUUUUAAGAACAUUUUGUCCCAAGUUUUGAUUGACUGAUCAAAGCGAUUAACGUGAGCAAACAAUUUUGUUUCGAUUUUUGACGUCUUGUUGUCUAUUUUGUAUACAUGUUGGCUUUUCAAAGUCAUUACAAUAGCUAAAAUUGGGAGUCUUACUGCUUGUUUUCAAACUAUAUAACAGAAGAAAAGACGGAGAAAAAGCCAGAGUAUAUAUACUUAACAUCUAAACAUGACACUGGUGUGCGUAAAUAUAGCAAAGCCACGGAAUUACAAGUGAGCAAGUGACCUCAGUGUACCUCAAGACCAAGCCAGUUAAAAGUGAGUUUUUCAUGUUUAUUGGAUUUAAAAAGAUAACUCCUCCACAUGAUUGUACAUUUUUAUAACUAUCCCAUGCUUUUUCAUCCGAAAUAAUCAUUGUUUUAUCUUCAAACUCCGAGUUUAUCCGCCGUAUAGCGAUUUAAAUGGUCUCAAGAGACCGUAUAAGUUUACACGGUGGAUAGGCAAAAUUUAACUGGUGGAUAGCCCUAAACGGGCUUGAUACAACGCGAUUUCUCGAGUGUUUAAAUUUUAUCCGGCGGAUAGCGAGUUAAACGGCGGUUAGCGAGUUAAACGCCUUUGAUACAACCGGCCCCUGAUUUGUAAUCACAAGAAAAUUCAAAAUGGCGCUUCGAAAAACACUAGGCGUAAAAAUGUGGUUCCGGUUCCCGACCGACCCUAUUUUUUUCUGCCGACCCUAUUGUUUUUUCAACGUGAUUGACUGUGCGACCCUAUUUUCUCCGGCUGGUUGCAGGCUGCUCAAACAGUGUGCCAAAAUGGCGUCUGUUGUCAUACUAAGUAUUGAACCAAAUUGCCUAAAUUCGUCCAUAGGAAAUACGCAUCUCUACUUAAUAUUGAUGUCGGGACUACUGCAAAUCGCCCAGCAAAAAACCGCCAAAAUCAUGAAAAAAAUAUUUUAAAAAAAAAUUUAUUUCCGACCUACCGACCCUAAUUUUUUCAUGAUAUGAAACCGGAACCACAGGUACUUUUUUUUUACGCCCUAUCGAAAUUAAGCAAGGGUUCAUGGAUUUUUCUUUCACCCUUGUUAAAAUUAAUCGAUUUGGUACGUACAUACUUCCGUUUAAUUCCCUGAGACUCGUAAUGACCAAACUUCUUUAUUUCUAUGCAAUUUUCCACACAGUAAACUAUACGAAACCUGUUUGCGAUUUACUUUACUAUUGACAUAUCUAUUUGGCUGGUGAUUUAUCUAAAUUUGUCCGGUAAUUACCGGUCACCGGCCGUUAUUUCCAUCCCUGAGGAUCAUACCGAACAGUAUGGUGAAAAACAUGCAAAAUACAAAUCAAAAUUUGAGUCAUCUUCACCAGUAAAGCUGUCAAAAGUUUGAACUCAAGAGAAAUUGUUUUACGAAUGAAGAGGAAAUAUUCAUCAAUAAAAGGUCGAAGUUGGAUAAACCGUGUGAAGAUGAAAUUGACUUUGAUAUACAGUUGCCGUCCAAGCCAAGUGAAUGCGAGAUGAGCUGCGGUGUAACAAAUAUUAAAGAUAUUCUAGACACCGUCAACUCCACCUUAGUUAAUGUCACUGGUAGGAUCACCUUUCAGAGUUUUGAAGAGACCAUUCUCAAGAAUGGAAAGACCCUGUGGAAGCAGGAAGCCAUUUUCACAGAUAGUACCGCAUCUGUUCGACUCGUGUUGUGGGAGCAGGAUAUUGAUAAAGUUGUUUCUGCUUCUUUUUACAAACUCUCCAGGACGGUCGUUAGAGAGUAUGAAGGUGAUAAAUAUUUAACCCUUAACAAGAAAUCUACAAUUGAAGAGACAACUGCGAGCACUGAAAGACAAGACGAAGUGGGUGUCUAG